AUGUCAACCCAUACUGGUGGAGGUGGAGAGGUCCUCGACUCUGACAUUGCCGCGUCGAUUUAUAUUGGCCUCCCCAGUGAGCAGAGCCUUACUGGGUAUGAGUGCUCUACUGGUAAUUGUACUUUCCCAUCGGCACCCGGGUCAAACGCAAAUUUCCAAACCCUUGCUAUGCAGUCAUCCUGCGUUGAUGUUACGAAUGAGACGAGGCGUUUUCAGCAGUCUUCAGUGUACUAUAUACCCAGAUUGGGUAAUUUCUCGACGGGAGUUAGAGCUGAUUUUGAAGCACUUCGGACCACGUCGAUUGUCCAUAAAAAACUUCGAUUCCCAGAAUACUGGUCUUCGGGCGCCGAAGAGUCAACCUUCUUUAGCUUCACUGUUCUUACCCUCACUGUGGACUAG